GUUUUAAAGAGUAUUAAAUCUUUAGAUUUUAAUGUUAUUAGAGAAAAUUAAGUCGUGUAUCAUUGUCUUUAUAAAAAUGGUUAAAAAAUUGGGAAAUCUGACACCAAACACAGAUAAAAUAGAAUAAACUUUGGGAAUAAAUGUAUUUAGAUUAUAUGUAAUUUAUUUAAACUGGUGGUGGUUCUUAUGAUCAGGGCUAGAAGAAUGGUUUAUAGUUGAUUUUGAGUGAUGGUUUUUAUGAAUAUUUAUUUUCGAAUGAUUUUUGUAGUUGGAGUUAGGCAAAAAAAUUGGUUAAUGGGAUAUUAAUUACAAAUAUAAUUAUGAUUAAAUUUGGAAAUAAAUGUAAUGAAAUUAUUUUUUAAUACAUAUUGGGGGUGGUUUUUAUGAAAAUGGAUUAAAAAAUGGUAGAUGGUAGAUUUGAUUAAUAGUUUUAGAGAGUAUUUAUUUAAAUUAUUAAAUUAGUAAUUGUUAAGUCACCUUUAAUGGUGAAUAUACUAA